AUGGCGUCGCGAGUCAGUUCGCGCCAGUCGGCAAGCUCCUCACAGUACUCACAGACUGAUGAGCCAGACACGAAGAAAGAGCAGGAGAAAUGGAACCUUUUCCGUAUGUUCAAGAUUGGAUGGUCCAGGUUGGAUCUGGAUCGACGAACGGUCAUCUUGAUGAUGAAGGGUGCUCUACCACCUGCUAUUGCCAUAGCCAUGUUUCAAGCCGAUUCUGUCGCAGCACGGUUUAGCACUACCGGUUAUCUCAUAGCAAUCAUCUCUGUUCUCGGAUUUGCCAUCAUGCCACGGGCCAAAUUCAUCCAGAUGAUGAUCUUGGACGUGCUGGCGGUCUGUGUCGCAACGGCCUUCGCUCUGCUUAUGAUGUUCUGCAGCGUGAAAGCACGACAGAACAAUCAGUCUGCUGCGGACGCGGCCUCUGUAUCGAGUUCGGAUCCGACAGCCAACGAGUACAAUUCAUCCGCCUCCGCCGUGAGUGGCGUGCUGCUGUUUUUCCAGAUAUACCUGGUACACUCGUUUCGUGCCCACUAUCAACAGUUCCAAUUUCCGGUGAUCAUCUAUGCCAUAAUUGCCAAUAUCACCUCGUCAUAUGCCCCUCGGAUCCCCACCAUGGCCGCCGGUAUUGCUUUGGUGAGGACCUUGCUCGAAGCAUGUUUGAUCGGGCUGGGAAUCUGUACGGGCGUUUCCCUGUUUCUCUAUCCUGUGACCUCAAGGCAUAGUGUAUUCAAAGAGAUGGCGAGUUAUAUCGGAAGUCUUCGCGCAGGUCUCAAGGCUCAUACAAAGUACUUUGAGAGUCUGGAACGCGACGACAUGUUUGGCCGGGCCGAGACAUAUGACGAGACAGUCGAGAAAUAUUCCAAGAAGGGCAAGGUCUAUAGCCCAGAAGCAGAAGCUAUUCGAACUGCGGUCCAGAAGAUUACGGACCUCCAUGGCAAACUGCACGCGGACCUAACCUUCGCGAAGCGCGAGUUCGCCAUUGGAAAGCUCGGUCCUGACGAUCUCCAAGCCAUCUUCAGACAUUUACGCCAGGUGAUGAUUCCAGUUGUCGGUCUCAGCUUCAUUGUGGACAUUUUUCAGCGUCUCUCGGAUUACAACAAAUGGAACGAGCCCAUUGACCCACUCGCAACGGACAUAGCGACCACCAUCCGCAGUCGUGUUGUACACGAAUGGAACGAAAUUAUGAAGGCUGUGCAUGACCCCUUCGCCUCCAUUAUAGAGACUAUCGAUAGCGGCCUAGAACACAUUUCUUUAUCGUUGCAGCUGACAAAACCACCGAAAACUUCGCUCAGAAAGAAAAAUGUUCCGACGGACGGGGCCCCGGAUCUGGAAGCGUCCGCAGAGAAACCCCCGUCCCCAGGAGAAGCAGGGUUUGCGGCGUAUUAUGAGCGAAAGCUCAGCGACUUUAAGGUGGCAAAACGACUCGCUCUGAGGACCUGGAGUGAGGAGAAGGGCAUCACCUUACCUCCGGAUUUCUUCGAGCGUCCUUCUUCUGACUGGCCCGAUCUGGACGAAUUCAUACUCGACAAAUCCGGGGUCGGUCGCGAUAGGAGCCGACGACAGCUCUAUCUUUUUCUUUAUAUGGAACAGUUACUCUACUCGACAGGCCAUACAGUACUGGAUUUUAUUCAUUUCGCCGAUGAGAAAGUCAAAAGCGGAAAGUUGUCAAGAUCACGUCUGAUCAUUCCUGGUGCUAAACGCUUACUGAAGUGGUUACGCAGUAUACUUCAGGCGGAGGACACUCAUGAAGACGAUCACUUGGGCGAUAUCCACACGCAGAGCCAUAUUCUUCAGCUCGGUGAAGCGUACAGGCACAGGAAGGAUCCAGAGCAUUUGCCCCCUGAAACCACCAUUCAGAAGAUCGGCGACAAAAUCAGGGUAAUACCCUGGCUGCUGCGUUCAUCAGAGUCGGCGUACGGAUUUCGAGUGGCUUGUGCUACUAUGACUAUCUACGUCGUUGGCCUACUUCAUCAGACUCAGACCUUCUUCAUCCAUCAACGUCUGGUCUGGGCCAUGAUCAUGGUCAACAUCAGCAUGUCGCCGACCGCGGGACAGAGCAUUUUUGGCUUUGUGCUUCGUCUGAUUGGCACUGUGAUAGCGAUGGUUCUCAGCCUUUUGGCCUGGUAUAUUCCAGGUCAAAAGACACCGGGCGUGAUUGUCUUCUUCUGGCUGUUUGUCGCCUGUGGGUUUUAUGUCCCUAUCAAGCAUUUCCGCUUCCGAAUCGUCGGGAUUAUCGUCAUCAUCACCACGUCCAUGAUCAUCGGUUAUGAGCUUCAGGUGCGCAAGGUUGGGCAACAGGUUGCGACCUCUAACGGCCAGGCUUAUUAUCCCAUUUAUCUUCUUGCUCCAUAUCGUCUUGCCAUCGUGGCCGCAGGUAUCGCGGUCGCAUUUUUCUGGACGUUUUUCCCAUUUCCAAUCUCCGAGCAUGGAGUUCUUCGCCAGAGCCUUGGAGCUUCGCUUUAUCUACUGGCGAAUUAUUAUUCUAUUAUCCACGAGACCGUGUCUGCACGCUUGCGGGACGAAGAGGGUGAUCUGGCUUUGAAAACAUCAGCAGGGCGAAGACUGCAGAAAGCGCGAGGCAAAGUGUUUUCUAAGCAGAUGCUGAUGUUGAAUGGCUUGCGAACAUCUUCGGAGUUUCUGAAGUGGGAAGUGCCCAUCGGAGGCCGGUUUCCCAAGAAGCGGUACCAGGCUAUCAUAUCAUCGAUUGAAAAUAUCGUUAAUUAUCUGAGUUUGCUAGGCUAUGCCGCGGACACUCUUUUGCAGAUAAGCGAGGACCCCCAUGCAUCGAAUUCCGACUGGCUUCACGACUUCAAAAGACUGGUGUCCAGUGCACGCGUUACGACUCACGAGGUGACCUCGGUUCUGUGCCUUCUCUCUGCGAGUAUUACGAACCGACAGCCUCUGCCGCCGUACCUGAAGACUCCUCGACCGUACAGUUUCACAAGGAGAUUAGAAGCGCUCGACAAAGACAUUCUCAGCAUCAAGCACAUUACGGAGCCAGGAUUUGCCACGUUUUCUGUACUGCAGAUCUCGACCAGAUGCAUUGUUGGAGAUGUGGAGAGAUUGAUGAGAAAUGUGAAGGCUCUCGUGGGAGAGCUUGACUUUUCCUUUCAUGCUGUCAGCACAGCACAUAGCACGAAGUCGUCUCUCGAUCAAUCGCGCCUCUCGAGACCACCGUCCCGCGAGAAGCUUGAGUGA